AUGAAGGAGUACCUCGACUCUGACCGAGUCAAUUUUCUAAUUUGGAGAUAUCUCCUAGAAGGCAAUUAUCGAGAGACAGCAGUCAAAUUCCAAAAAGAGUGGCACAAGACAGAACCACAUCGGCAAUUGGAAUUUGCGCGUCAUGUCAAGAGCCAUGCACUCAUCAAUGUCCUUAACAAAGGACUUCUUUACAACUCGUUAGAGCGAGAAUUUCAGACACAGCAGGAUCAGCACCACCAUCACCACCAGCAACAGCAGGUGCCUUCAGAAAAUGCAGCGGCAGCGGCAGUGGCCGAAGCAACGCAGGUAGGGGUGUUUGGUCCGUUAGUCGCGCCCCCAUCACAUCCCGGGCCAGCACUGGAGGAAAAGGAGCACGAUCCAGAGGAAGAUGCGGAAGGGGAGGUCGAGACGAUUGAGGAAUUUGAAAAUUCACGAAAACGGCAAAUUGACAGCAGACCGCAACAACAAGCGCUGGUCAAUGGCGGCUCCCCGGCCAAGCGUCCCCGUCUGAGCAAUGGCUACGAAAAUGGUGUGGAUGCAGCCACGGACCCCAUGGAACUUGACGGGCAGCACCAGCACCAGAACCAGAAUGGCGGCGACAACCACGCCUACCCGUCACCCCUGGAAGGUGAACAGGCGCCAACCCCAACACCGCGAACUGACGGCCCAGAGCAGGGCACGCAGGUCGAAAAGGUCCAGGAACUGGCUACCGAGACCAUAUUUAUCCCCCUCGGCACUGACGAUGCCUCGGUCACCUCUCCAUUGACCACAGCACCCCGAUUCAACGGAGAGAACACGCCUGUUUUGCUGCAUUGCCAGUGGAACCCGCAGGACCCAACCAUCUUGGCCGCUGGUGGAACCGAUGCGCUAGCCCGCGUUUGGACCAUCUCGCGUGCAACAACCGCCGACCACAGCCAGGACCCUGCAUCCAAUCACGUGAAUGGCACCGUCCCACCCUUCCGCAGCCUAAAAGAGGACGGCAUCAACCCCAAAUCCAACGUGACGGCUCUGGCUUGGAGUUGGGAUGGCAAAGCCAUUGCCAUCGCCACCGACUCGGACACGAAAGGUAGAAUCAGCGUUUGGGGUGUCCACGGCAGUCUGAUACAGCAUUUCGAGGUCCCUGAGGCCCCUGUGGUCAAGUUGCGCUGGAGCCCGCAAAACACAUCCCUCCUGGCCGUUGCGCCAGAAGGGAACAACGCCCUCAUCACGGUCUACCCGGUACAGGCAUUCAGCUCCAUGUCAUGUGUUAUACCAGAUCACAGUGCCGAUCUUGAUGUUGCAUGGGUAACCGAGCACGACUUCCUGCUCUGUGGCGGACAGCUCUUAUUGUCCAUGAGGUGUGACCACGCAAAUGGCCAGAUCGAGGAGACCCGGACCUUUGAAACUCGCGAGACCGACACGUUGACCCAGAUUCACUUUGACUGGAGGGCAACCCUCGCUGCUACCUGUGGAGAGAAAGGCUUUGUCGACGUCUGGGACGAGUCUGGGAGGCGGCGCGAGAUCAAGGCCCAUGACGGACCGGUCACUGCACUUGCGUGGCAGCCACUAUCAGCCGCACCAUCAGGAGACGAGCGUCUCAUUGCGUCCGCAGGCGAGGACGGCGCUAUCUUUAUCUGGAACGCCUUGUCUGCGGACGGAAAACCGAAAUGCUCCAUGACUAUGGGUGAUCCUAUUGUUGCCCUAUCUUUUACCCCUGAUGGAGCUUUUAUCGCCGGCGCAACGCACGAAAGGAUUUUGAUCUGGAAGGUCGGCGAUCAUAGCAUUCCGCGGGCCAGUUGGGAACGCGUGCCCCAUCCUGGCUGGCUGAGUCCUCGAAUACACUCGGACGCCGAUGAGGAAGAUGAACAUUGCCUUUGUUGGGAUGCAAAUGGCCAAAGACUUGCCUUUGGUGUAAACAGUCGGCUUGCAAUUAUCAACUUUCGGUGA